AUGCCCAAGAACCAUUAUGUCACCAGGCUACUUGUGCGCAAAUUCCAUCACCAAGUGUUACAUCAGAGACGACUGCUGACAGAAGGUGCACUGCGUUCCGGUGGAUUCUGGGUAGUUGGUGCCAAAAAUCUCAUAAGAUCUGAGAUCAAGUCCUGUGUCACAUGUCGCAAGUUAAGAGGAAGUUUUGGAUGGCAGAAAAUGGCUGAUCUACCUGAGGAUAGAAUGCAGCCAGCUCCACCUUUCUCUUAUGUAGGUGUGGACACCUUCGGACCUUGGCUUACCACGCAACGACGGACCAGAGGGGGAACCGUGAAUCAGAAGAGAUGGGCUUUGAUGUUUACAUGUCUUGUAUCACGAGCAGUUCAUUUGGAAGCAAUUGAAGAGUUGUCCACCGCUUCAUUUAUCAAUGAGUUACGCAGGUUUAUUGCGUUGAGAGGUCCUGUUAUACAGUUUAGGUCAGAUCGCGGUACAAAUUUCACUGGAGCCGUGCAUGAACUGAACAUUCCUUAUGAUCUGGUGGAAGACCCGAUAUCUAAAAGGUAUCUUGAAGAAAACAAGGUUACAUGGGUAUUCAAUCCUCCCCAUGCCUCUCACUUUGGUGGGGCAUGGGAACGGAUGAUAGGUGCUUCAAGGAAGAUCUUGGACAGCUUACUGUUGAAUCAUAAGGGACCUUUAACACAUGAAGUUUUGACUACCUUUUUGAUGGAAGUUAGUGCUAUCCUGAAUGCUAGACCACUUGUCGCAGUAUCAGCUGACCCAGAUGCACCACAGGUACUUUCACCUGAUAUGUUAAUUCAUCAAAAAACCGUACAUACGUCACAGUUAGACAUUCCGGUGUUUGGGACUAAGGACGCCCUCAGUUCCUGGAAGCAGGUGCAAUAUUUGGCGGAUCAGUUUUGGCAAAUAUGGCGCAUACAGUACAUGCAAAGCUUACAGAUUCGUCAGAAAUGGUUGUCAGAAGGUAGACAGUUCCAGAAAGGAGAUGUAGUUCUUAUGCGUGAUGAUUCGUUACCCAGAAAUCAGUGGUCCCUUGCGAUAGUGAUAGAGACCUUUGAAAGUAGUGACGGACGCAUACGCAAGGUGAAGAUUUUUUGUGGCCGUAACAGAUCAUCUUAUGUGAGACCUAUAUCUCAGUUGUGCUGUCUCAGUGAAGUUGGCUGA